CAGAACGCUUCCGCCUUGUGAAGCGGACAGGCUCGCGGCUCCGUGAGGAGGAUUAGCGCUCUGAGGCGCGGAUUAACUGGAGCUCGGGCUCGGGUUCGGGGUUAAACCCACGCGCCUGGACAGGAGUCCCCGGAGUGGUGGUGGUGGUGUCCCCCGUGGUGUCCGCCAGGGUCGGAGUCGUGGUGUUACCGGGGACGGGCGGCGGCGGUGCUGACGGUGUGGUGGAGACGUCCCCCAGUUCGGCGCGGCGGCUUUGUUCUCUGCACCGCGUUCCCUCUCCACGUCGUCCUGCGUUUCCUCCCAUGCAGUUGUCGUUGUAUUGAGGAUGACAAUGGAAGAGAUGAAGAAUGAAGCUGAGACGAGUUCCAUGGUCUCGAUGACGUUAUACGCCGUCAUGUAUCCCGUCUUUAACGAGUUGGAGAGAAUAAACCUGUCGGCGGCUCAGACCCUGCGUGCAGCGUUUAUUAAAGCGGAGAAGGAGAACCCGGGUCUGACACAGGACAUUAUAAUGAAGAUCCUGGAGAAGAAGAACGUGGAGGUUAAUUUCACCGAGUCGUUACUGCGCAUGGCUGCGGACGAUGUGGAAGAGUAUCUGAUCGAGAGGCCGGAGCAGGAGUUUCAGGACCUGAACGAUAAAGCUCGAGCGCUGAAGCAGAUCCUCAGUAAAAUCCCAGACGAGAUAAACGACAGAGUGCGCUUCCUCCAGACAAUAAAAGACAUUGCAAGUGCCAUAAAGGAGCUGCUGGACACCGUCAACAAUGUCUUCAAGAAGUACCAGUACCAGAACCGCAGGGCGCUUGAACACCAAAAGAAGGAAUUUGUGAAAUACUCAAAAAGUUUCAGCGACACACUGAAGACCUACUUCAAAGACGGAAAAGCAAUAAACGUGUUCAUUAGUGCCAACCGUCUGAUCCAUCAAACCAACCUGAUCCUGCAGACCUUCAAAACCGUCACCUAGGAGACGAGAGAGAGAAAGAGAGAGAGAGAGUAUGUGUGUGUGAGAGAGAGAGGAUGAGUGUGAGGAUGAGUGUGAGGGUUUAUGGGAAAUUCCUGUUCUAAUGUAAAAUACAAAAGUCUUUUCUUUCUUUUUUUCUUUUCCUUUUUUCCUCUUUUUGAAAAUGUAAUUUAUAAACUGGAGGAAACUAAUAAAAAAUAAACAUCCUCUGAA